UUUAGUUGCACCUUUUUUAUCACUGCGCAUAAAUUGUUUGUUCGCUUAAAAUUUCGAUAAUAUUUUGUUUUUGAUUCAUUUUGAAGAUCAUCAUAUAAAAAUUAUAUAAUACUUGUGUAAUUUUUUUAUUCAUUCAAAUAAUUUAAAAAAUGUCGGAGCCAGAUUCACCUGACUGUCCAUUGUGUAUGGAACUGCUUGAGAUUGACGAUCUCCAUUUUUAUCCUUGCACUUGUGGUUAUCAGAUUUGUAGAUUUUGUUGGCAUAGAAUAAAAACAGAUGGAAAUGGCUUGUGUCCUGCUUGUCGUAAAACAUACACUGAAGAUCCAGCUAUGUAUCGUCCAUUAUCUCAAGAUGAAAUUCAAAAAGCUAAGAAAGAAAGAAAGCAGAUAGAAACACAGAGAAAGCAAAAAAUCACAGAUACAAGACAGCAUCUUUCUGACAUUCGCGUUAUUCAAAAGCACCUUGUUUUUGUUGUUGGAUUGUCAAAAAAAAUGGCGGAUAUAGAGGUUUUAAAGCAACACGAAUAUUUUGGAAAAUAUGGAAAAAUAGUGAAAAUUGUUAUAAAUCCCAACACAAAUUAUGCAGGGCCUCAAGGUCCAAGUGCAAGUGCAUAUAUUACUUAUACUAAAGUUGAAGAUGCACUUAAGGCAAUACUUUCUAUCAAUAAUAUGCAACCACCUUUAAAAAUAAGAGCAUCUUUAGGUACCACUAAGUACUGUACUCAUUAUUUGCGAAGUAUGCAAUGUCCAAAACAAGAUUGUAUGUAUCUGCAUGAUGUGGGGGAAGAAGCUGCUAGCUUUACUAAAGAAGAUAUGCAGGCUGGAAAGCAUCAGAUUUUUGAAAAAAAUCUUCUUGAUAAUUAUGCUGCUAGAGUACGACAACAGCAACAAAUUCCAAACAGCUCAAGUAAACAGUACUUGGAAGAGGAGAAUAGUGAAGCCUCUUCUCUGGAUAAUUGGGAUGCUGAAAGUGCUGAUUCAUCAUUAUUACCCUCUCAAGCAUCAUGGGGUACUUCAAAAGAAGAACAUUUUGAUAUUUACCCAAAAGAAAUAGAGAAAAAAAAUGAUCAAAUUUUAAAAGAGAAGCCUGUUUUAAAAUCAUCUGCAAGUAAUAAGUUAAUAUCAUCUAUAAAAACUACAGAAUCUUCUGGAGAAUCUUCUAAAUAUGUUCAGAAUGUAGGUGAACAAUCUGGUUUUCAUACUACAAACAGAGCUAUAAUACAGCAGUGUGACUCGCUAAACCCAGAGUUUUCUACAGGUUGGGCAACAUCUACUGAAACAGUUCCAAAAGAACCAGUUGAAUCUGCAACCGAAUUAUUAAAAAACAAUGUAUGGCCUGGAAUGCUUGAUCUUGGUCUCAGUGAUCUUAAAGUAAAUUCAAUUGAUGACGAAUUAGGUUUUGAUCCAUUCAGAGAAAGUACUUCUGGUUUAGAAGACUUGAUUGCUAUUGAAAAACAACAAGGUUUAAAUGCUCCGCCUCAGCCCUCGUUUUCUUGGGAUGCGUUUUGGCCAUCUUCUUUUGCACCAAAUUUAAAAAAUAGUUCAUCAGGAAACUCAUAUUCAUUGUUUGGUAACAGCCAACAGCAAGUUUUAUCUCGACCUUCUGCUCAAGUAAUUAACUCUUUUCAGCCUCCAAUAUUAUCGUCAUCUCUUAGCUCUGCACGUAAUCCAUCACCACUUCGCUUUAUGUCUCCCCACCAAACUCAAACACAGUUUUAUUCAUCUUUUCCCAAUAUGCAACAGCAUAACCAUGAAAUGAUGAACCAGAUGCGUUAUCCACUACUUCAUCUGCAAUCAUCUAAUUUAACUGGUCAGUCACAAUUAAAUAUGCCACCUUUGGUUAAUAUUCCGACAGAGAAUAAAAAUUGGCAGGAUGGUUUCCGUGCUUUGUUUCCAAAUAUAAACAUCAGUUUUGGAAACUCCAUUAAUAAUGAAUCAGAUAAAAUGUCUAAUAUGCCUAACAGUGCGCCAGUAUCAUCCAAUUUUGUUCAUCCAACCCCACCAAGUGCACAGUCUUUGUGGAAUACAAACAGUACACGUCUUCCACCACCACCUGGUUUCUCAGCUACUAAUCCUCCGUUUCAAGUUCUACCUCAAGCUGCAUCUUCUUUAUUAAAUACAUCUCCUGUUCAGGUUUCUGCUAUACAAAAUAUUAAUUCAAAUCUUGUGGCUGGCCCAACUUCUCGUCCUUUCAACAUUGCGGCAAUACCAUCACAAAGUGAAGAUCCAAGUAUAUUGUGGUCAAAAGUACUUUCAGAUGAAAAUAAAGAAGUUAACGUUGACAAUAUGGCUUUUCCUUUACCAGGAGAAAAUACUAACCAGAGUUCUGGUAAUGCUUUACCACAACAAAAUCAACAAGGAAUGGCAUCCUGGAAUAUUGUUGUUAGUGGAAACCAACCACAAAAAGUUAAGCAAGAUGAUAUGAAGAAUCUUCCAAGCCAACCAUUACAAAUAUCUGCAAAAGAAUCCUGCAACACUGAACCAGUUAAAUUACAAAAGUCAUCCCCUAUAUUUGGAAAUCAAGUUAAACCUGCAGCAAAGAAACCAACAGCUCAUGUUAAACCUCUAAAGUCAAGUAUACUAUCAGAUGGAUUUACCACAGUCAGUGGUUCAAGACAACCAUCUCUAGGACAACAGUUGUCUGUUUAUGCUAAUCCUUCUUCGCGUGUCAGUGAACUUGAUGACUUUACUAAUGAUUUCCCGACUAUUAGUAACAAUGGUAAUAUAAAUCUUGGCGACUACACUACAAUUGGAUUUCAAUCUAAACAGCUUAAUAAAAAAAAGAAGAAGAAAGGCAAAGAUGGUUCAGAGCUUGUCUCAACUGUUUUAGUUGGUCGAGUUGAAACAGAAACAAAUGAUCUCACUGAUGAUGAACCCCUUAAAAAAAGUGUAAAGAAUAAGAAGAAAGUGAAAAAUUCUCCUCCUUCUAUACGCAAAUCUCCUCCGACGGUUCAAAAAAUAAAGAAUACUACAAAAAGCCAGCCAAUUAGAAUCUUAAAAAGCGAUGCCGGCACAACAUCCACAAUACUACAUUCCCCGACACAGGUAAUAGCGGAUCAAAAUGGAGUUAGUUGUAAGUCAUCCUCGUCAUCUCAAGAGCAAGAAAUAGUCAGUCGAUUGACUGAAUCCACUGAAAAGCUGCUGAAAAAUGUGCUUUUUGAAACGGAAGCAAUCAAACUCAAUACUGAGCAAAUUUCUAAAGAUCUGAAAAGUGCUCUUGAAAAAUGCAAGGAAUCUUCAUUGUCACUGUCUGACUUGGAAAAAAUUAAUUUGUUGUUGAGUUCUGGAAAAAAUGCAUCUUGUGGAUUUGACGAUGAUUUGCAAGACACGACAAUUUUAGAGAAACAAGUUGAGUCUGCAAGGCGAGAGGCUAAAAUGCUAGAAGCACGUUUAAAUGAGGUUAUUCGAAAGAAUAUGGCCAGUGAAUUAGAAACACUUAAGAGGAAUACAAAACAGUAGUUUUUUAUAUUCGAAUGCGGUAAAAUACUAAAAAUCCAAUAAAUGAUUUUGAUUGUAAUUCUAAUAAUAAAAAAUUUCAAAAUUA